ACAGUGAUGCUGAAAGUGGCGACGUGAGGUGAGCCUGAAGGAAAUGAGUGGACCCCCCAAAACAAAGCACAAGCGAGGGCGGAAAUAUCAUAAAUAAACCCCUUUUGAAUUAUGAUGUUUUAAUAGUUUGAGCGCGUGAGAAACAUGCCCGGUUUGUCCGUCAGCUGGCGCGGCUGAGUCUCUCCUCCUCCUCUCUGGAUUUUUGGAUUGUGACAAGUGCCAGGACUGGAGCCCAAACAGGACUAGGACUACAAUAAAUCUAAAGGAUUGUCAUCCUGCCACCUUUGGAGGCUUGUCCAGUUUUCACCUGACAGUACACACCACCCGGAGCCAAGACGUUGCUCCCCGUAGAGCCGGGUCGCCCCAGUCCGAGCAGCGCAGUCCGUGUGGGCAGGUCGGCACUCGGCGUCCUGCAGGCCGGAGUCAUGAUGGUCCACUGUGCCGGCUGCGAGCGGCCGAUCCUGGACCGGUUCCUCCUCAACGUGCUGGACAGAGCCUGGCACGCUAAGUGCGUCCUGUGCUGCGAGUGCAACUGCAACCUCACCGAGAAGUGCUUCUCCCGGGACGGGAAGCUUUAUUGCAAAAUGGACUUUUUCAGGUAACAAGAGGCCACAAAAGCCCGGCUCUGAAACGGCACAGAUUUUAGAUUAUGAGGGAAUUUAAAGGGAAGUAGUAGUGACUAAAAGAAAAUGUCAUGCGUAAAGAUCGAGGAAAUUUAAGGAUAAGGACGUGGCCUGAAGUGAAUUUAUGUCAAAUAUAAUUUAAAACUGUUAAAAACGCAUCAAAUGGAAAUAUUGUUGUAUCCAAAAAUUAAAAAACAGACAGGAGAAAUAAAUAAAACAUUUUAGCAGCAACAGUUUGGCCUGAACUGAAAUUACGGGUGCACACAAGGGGUCAAAAUAUCAAGUCAGGGGUUACAGUAGUUAUGUCAAUUUUUAUAAUGACACUUUAGCUUAAAUAUAAUACAGUUAUAAUUGUAGAUUAUUAACCACAAACAGAGUUGAUGAUCUUUUAUAAAAUAUCUCUUGUUAUUAUUUGUCUCUGCAGUCACAUCAUACAAUUUUUAAAAAAGGCCAUUAAAAAUAUAAGUCCAUUUUGGAGGCACGUGUGGGCAUUUUAAUUCCAUUUUUUCCACGUGCAGUCAACACUUUCCCAAAACAGCCAUUAGGCCAUUAACCGGUUCACAGUUCCCAAAAAGUGUUUCAGGUAAUUGAGUGAGAAGUGAAGCCCUUGUUUCUCCCCCCCUCCCCCCUCACUCUCCCUCUUAGCAUCAUUUUCAUUUCUAUGUGUGCGUUAUUUUCUCCCCCAAAUUGUCUAAUGACAUGUAAGACACAUUAGCCUUUUUUUGUGUCUUUUUUUGUGUGUGGGGGGACUGUCGGGCUGUGGUUGGCCUCGCGCGGCCUUGUCCAUCAUAUUACUGCAGGUCCCAUCAAGCGCUGGAUUUAAAUGGGUGAGCCAUUAGCCGGGCGAAACAGUAAUCACCCUAAUAUGUCCAUUUGUUGUGUAAGUAGAGUUGUGCCCUUUUCGCUUGAAGGGGGGAGGCUCGGCCAUGCAUGUGAAAAAAGAGGGAGAGUGAAGCGAUACCAUUGCAAAUGGAGGGACAAGCCUACAUUAGUGUUAAAACAAUGAUGCACAAAGGGAGAGCUUGCUUUCGCCCAAAGGUUUAAGACCCCCCCUGUCACCUCCUCCGGGGACUGGAAAUCCAGGUAGGUCUUUUUGGCAGUGGGAGCCUCGAACAGAAAUACCUGAAAAUGUCAGUUUUUUUUCUUUUCUUUCCUGGCAAAUCGGGCGGUGACUUCAUCCACAUGUAUUUAUUUGAUUGUGCAUCAGACUGAUGAGUCCUCCUCCCGCCCUGUUUGUCUCAUAUUGAAGCGGGUGAAUAUGGAUUAAGAGCAGAUUUCCACGCUAAGAUGCUCCCACUCUGCCUAAUCCUGUAAUAUAUCCUCAGCUACAAUGUGUUGAUUGUCACUAAUACGUUUUGCGUGGGGUUAUUGUCACAGAACCUCCAUCAAAAUAAUGAGCUGGCACGCAGGUUUUACGCAUCCUUUUGAGGAAAUAAACGCCUAAACUUGGUUAUUAUCGACAUCUUUUUUGGUAUAUUGUCCUUUAAACGGCUUUUACGCACAUCUCCAUUUAGUGUGUGAAUAAAAUUUUUAUUCAGAAUUUGUUUAUUGUGAAAAAAAAUUAAGCAGAUCUUAAAUAUUUUAAUGGAACAGACCCUUUAAAGUAGAAGCAAAUAUUUGUUAUUGGAGGAUAUUUUGUUUCACCUUUUAUAGAUAAUUUAAAAUACUGAUUUGCGCAUUAUCAAGUUUCUGCAUUUUUGGACCGUAAUGAGGAAAAAUAAGGAAUGAAAGUGCUGUUUUAAUUUAAUCCUCAUGGACUGUAUUAAUAUAUAAGUAUUGUGGAUUAAUCAGAUGCCUUUUAUUAGCAUUAAUGCGCACAACUGCAGACAAAAUAGACCGUAUUUUUGGCUCAGAAUGACAGCAUUUUGGCUAUUGUUGCUAUCCAAAGUCAUUAAAAUAUAAUUCUGUUUUUUGUUUAGUAAUAUAAAAUAAGUGUAAAUAUUAUUGACUGUAUGUGGUGUUUUUUUUUCCAGGCGGUUUGGCACAAAGUGCGCGGGGUGCCUGCAGGGAAUCUCGCCGAACGACCUGGUGCGUAAAGCGCGCAGUAAGGUGUUCCAUCUGAACUGCUUCACCUGCAUGGUGUGUAACAAGCAGCUGUCCACGGGAGAGGAGCUCUACGUGAUCGACGAGAACAAGUUCGUGUGCAAAGAAGAUUAUUUGGGCUCCGGGGCCAUUAAGGAAGUCAACUUGAACUCAGGUUAGCAGCACAGUAACGAGCAGACAAAUGUGCACGAUUUUCUUUUUUUAUUAUUUAGAGGGAAUAUGAUUUUUUUUUCUACUAAAUGUGAUACUUGAGGAACAAAAGAGAGGGGAAAGGCUUGAAAUGUAAGAUAUUCUGAACAUUUGGAGGAGUCCGUGGAGAGCAUUUCAAAAACAACCUUGUCAGCUGAGUGCUUUCAGUAUUUACCUUUCACAGGACAAUGGCUUUCUGUUAUUGUACGCCAGGGUCCACUGGGAAUGUUGGGUAGUGUGCUCGUGAGUGCGCCUCCUGUUUUCAGUGUCUGCUUAUCCACAUAUGGAGCUCAGGAGGACAUGCACACGGACUGUAUUUCCUUUAGGGCCACAUUUCUCUAAAAAAAUAUUCAAUUAACUUUAAAUUGUUGCUGAAAUCCUCUAUGAAGGAUCGCGUUUUCCAAGUAAUUCACGCGCCAAAUCUGGAAAGAUUAAGAAUUGAAAGCAUUUUUAAAAAAAAGACAAAGAAAAUCCGACUAUUUGUUUUAAUAAAAGAGACAAAUUUUCACUUAAAAAUCUUCUUUUUGGACGAUUUGAUCCAAUACUUCGAGCGUUAAUUGGCAGCAUGUUUCCAGGUGUGUUGCGCAUCUCCAGGCCUAAUUAAAGCCCCCCCUCCUCUCCUCUUCCUCUCCUUUUCCUCUCUGACAUUUCGGAUCGUGACCUUCCUCUCCCCUGUUUGUCCCCCCCACGCAGUGUCGUCGUGUACGGAUAGGAGUUUAUCGCCGGAUCUUCAGGACCCGAUACAGGACGACAUAAAGGAGACGGACAAUUCCACGUCCUCAGAUAAGGAAACGAACAAUAUUGAGAACGAGGAGCAGAACUCGGGCACCAAAAGGCGGGGCCCCCGGACCACCAUCAAGGCCAAGCAGCUGGAAACGUUAAAGGCCGCGUUUGUGGCCACGCCGAAACCCACCCGGCACAUCCGGGAGCAGCUUGCCCAGGAGACCGGACUGAACAUGCGUGUCAUCCAGGUGAGCUCCAGCUGUGUGUGACACAGUGUGUGUGUUUAAUUGUAUGUUGGUGCUAGAAGAGGCUGUGGGUCUUUGUGUGAGAGACAAAGACACAUUAGAGAGAAAUGAGGGAUUAUAAAUCAGAGGAAUUACUUGUUAAUUUCACUCUGAGCUUUAAUUGAAGGUCUCCUUAUCUGCAGGAGAAAAAGUCCAAACAUGAAGAGAUCUAUUAACACCUACUCCACCCGGACCUGCACGAAUUUUAACCUGUUUUUAUCAAAUAUCCCUUAAAAAUGCAUAAAAAGAUGAACACCUCUGACUAUAGAUGCUCUGCAGACAGUUUGCAUUUUAUCUUCUUCAACAAAAGUGACACAAAUGCUUAUUGGUGGUAUUGAUUUGUAUUUACUUCCAAAAAAAGCAUAAAAAAUAUAACAAAAAAUGAGUCAAUGAAAAUUCACAAUUUUAUUUUAAGUUAAAGAUCAUCUUUCUGACAGGAAAGAGCAUUUAAAAAAUAAUUAAAGUGAAAAAAUAUUUAAAAAAUGUAAAGAAACUCCUUCUCUUGGGCUUGGCUUGUAAUCUCUGUUGUUGACUUUUUCCUGUUUCUUAGUCACUCAGGCCAAACUGACUUUUCAUCUGUAAGGCAUUAAAGUGACACAGAUGCUGUUCAGGUUGUAUUUAUGUAAAAAAAAAUGAUUAAUUCUAAGUAACAGACAUCCAUGUUGAGAGAAUAAACUGCACUGUUUUGGAGAUUUCUGCAAAUUUACUGAAUAUACUAUCUGUGCAGGCUGCACAGGUUUGACAGUAUAUGUUAGUGAAUUUGCUUGUGCACUGAUGAUGAAAAAAAAAACAUCUUAAAUUUUAAUAAUAAAUACCUUUAGAGAAAUCUCUAAGGUGGCAUUUUUGUGAGUUCUCUCAGAUCAAACAGCAGAAUAAAAAUCUACACUGUAAAAAGUUAAUCAGCUGUUUUAAAUGAUGAGGCUCAGUGUCCAGACUGCCUCAUAUUCUGAGUCUGAGACUGUAAAUAUGACUUUUCCAGCCAACUGGACUUUUGCUCUUUGGCUUGGGUUAGUUUUUCUGCACAGUGUUGAUGAUGGCCAAACUGGUGUGCAAACCAGUAACCUCUCAGCUGUGAGGAAACAUGUGUGACUACUGCUCAGGCGGUUUAAUUUUGAUCACAACGUCAGAAACUUCUAAUUUGGGUUGAUGAAAAUAAAAAAAACAGACACACAGACAAUGUAAGCUGCUUUUGUAAAAUUUACUGAAAUAAAAUGACAGAAAAACCUCAAAUAUGAUGUUUACACUCUAAAAAAUUCAACUGUCAGGUUUAGAUUUUAGAUGUAUUCGAUCUGAGGCGAGCAGAUGUGAUAAAUUUGUAUAGAUCAGGACCUAAAAAGCUUUCCUAGUUUGUUGUUCUGCUUCUCUUUGCCUUAAUUUGUAUUGACAGAUUAAUUGCUCUGUCAACAAGCGUUUCUUUGUCAUUUAUGACCAAACUGGUCUGCGAACUAGUGACUCUGUCAGCUGUGAGGCAACAGCAGUGACCACUGCUCUGUUAAAACAGGAUUGCAUGUAGGCUGGUCAGGUUGUAUUCUGUCUUUUUGCAUCAUUUCCCUUCUAUGGGAGUCUAAAAUGAGGCUAAACACCUUUAUAGAGAUAGAUUAUUUCAAUUAAUUAAGAAAAAACAUCAUUUUUGAGUUAAAGCUGUCACAGCAGCUGCAUUUGUUGGAUUUUCCUCCAAUAAAACGGUGGAAAACUUCUCUAAAAUGAUACUAACACUGUAAAAAACGAACUAAAGGCUUAGCUUGUAUUCAUAUCUUCAUUAUUUUGUCUCUCAUGGCCAAACUGGUUUCCAAACUGGUCAGUUUGUAGCUGCAGGACAAUGGCAGUAACCUCUGCAGCAGAAGCCUGUGCAUACAGAGACAUUUAAAUAUUCAAGUUGACUUAUUUUAUUCUUUUUUAUCCAAAACAAUGUAACGCAUGUUUUGUGUACAAACAAAUGCAUUCUUCUUUUUCUCCUUUUUGCACAAUUAUAUUUUAGUUUCUCAAAUUUAAUCCUUUAUUCCUGUUUGUUUCCACUUUCCUCGUUGCUGCAUCUGUCUGUCUGCAGGCGCUUCCUUCUGUCUGUGAAAUUAAGAUCUUGUAAUCCAAUUUCUUGAUGCACUGAUAUUACGUUAAAUACUGUUUUUUUUUUCCUUUUUGUUCUGAACAAUAACCCACGUGUUUGUUUCGGCUGCACAGCCAUGAAAUUAAUGAAAGGUUUCAUUUUGUUUUUGCCAAAAGCGAGAGAGGAACCCCUGCACCACACAAACACACACAAACACACACACAAACAAACAUGUUCUGCAGCGAAGCACACUGUUUUUGGACCUGUCUCAAACACACACACACACACACACACACUCAUGUGUCCGGGUGCAGACUGUGUCAGGAUGAUUAGCACCAUCUCUGCCAACUGUGAUGUGGCUUUUUGUGCACUCGCUGUAAUUAUCGCUGAUUUCACAGAUUUACAUACCACCCUCCCCUUUCCCACCUCUCUGCCUUUACUCACUUACAGCCUGCUGCCUUCGCUUAUUAGAGCAGACCUCAUCUAUAUCAUACACUGCAGCCCGUGAUUGUGUGUGUGUGUGUGUUUGCGCAUCAACACAACUCCAUCAAUCAGUCAGGAACGUCCUCCCCUCCACCCGUCCAUCCCCGCCCGCCCGGCCUUGUGUUUUUCUAGCUUGGAGCCAAAAUGGAGUCUCUGUUUCGUCAUCCUCCUCCUCCUCCUUCCUUGUUCCCUGUGUGUUAAAUACCACUGCUCUCAACACGGGGAGCCCGGAGAGAGACACGCACACAUGCACAAACGCACGCACGCACGCACGCACUCCUGUAUGUGUGUGUGUGUGUAUAUGUGUGUGUGUAAUCCGUAAGCAACGCUCUCUGGAGGGGAGCGAGAGCAUUUCCAUAAAAAUGUACCCUACAGUUAGACGAUUGUUCUCAAUAAGCAGGUGUCGCCUUUGCCUGCUGGAGCACACAGAACACAGCCUAAGUGGUUUUAGGUGUUUUUUCUCCUCUGGUGUGUGUGUGAGCGUUUUGUGUGUGUGAGAGUGUGUGUGUUUUGUUAAUCUGCAGCACAGUGGGAUUCUGCCUCUGGUGUAGCCUCGCUGGGGUUGAACAUACAUCAUUAUGCAGCAGUGAUGCAAGAUGUGUUAUGUGCUUAUAAUGCAGACAUUCUUCCAUAUGGUGUGUGUGAUGGUUUUAGUCCUUCUGAAAUCCUCCUUUGUUCCCUCUUCAAAGACGCUUUAUUUAACAGGAGUGAUGAGCCUUUUUAGACUCUGAUUUACGGCUUUGACUGUUUAUUUGAGCGAACGCCGAGGUGCAUUAGGGUUUUACAUUUAUAUUGCUUUGAUUUGCAUGUUUAUUUUAAGUCUCAACGACUGAAUGUCAGAGUGUUUCUGUUUUGAUUUCGGCCUACUCAUGUCUUUUUUAUAUUUCCAUCAAGAUAUGAUCAUCAAAUGCAACAUCUUUACACUGAUAAAAUCAAGGUGAUGUGGUGUAAUUCCUAUCAGAGCUGCAGGAUACAGAAAUAGAUCCAAGGCUGUUAUUCUGACAGGUAGACUUUGUUUGGUUCAAGUCUUGCAGGAAUAAUCAUUUAAGCAUUACAGUAUAUUUUUUAAGGUUUGAUGAUAUUCCAAAAAUAUAAACCAUUUAUUUUCUUAAAUAAAUGGUUUAUUUCAGCACUAAUAGAGUACGCUGCUGUAAAAAUGUUUGAUCAUGUCUGUCACCAUCACCUGUGUGACUCUAAAUUUAUAACAGACUGGAGCUUCUUCUCACCUGAGUCAGCACCAAAUGCUCCUCAAGCUUUUUCUUCUUAAAGCUGCUGUGAGGAACUUUUGUCUAUCUCAACAUUGGCACACCCCUGUGGACAAAGCAGACUUUGCUUUUCUUGUCCUCUGUUUGUUGAAUAGAAACCUUCGGCUGUCAAAUUCAUAAACGUAAAAAUUCAAAACUGCUCGUUUGACACCUGAUGUGAAAACCAUCAAUCUUUUGCUGAUGGUCUUGUUUGCUCUAGUAUAUGAUGAAAAGGCAUGAGCGGGAAUUCAAGUCUGUUUCAUAAAUGUGAAAAAACUCCUCAUAAGAGCUUCAAAAUGCCCUCAGAUUGUUGCAUUUAAAUCUCAAGUGAGCACACAGCUGGUAAACUUUAAUUAUGUUAAAUCUCACCCACUCAUGAAACUUGGUGAUUUCAAGAUUUUCAUUUUGAGUCUUAAUCUACGUUUUUAAAAAAAAGGAGCUUAGCCAGCUGUUAACUUCUAUUACAACUCUUUUUUAAAACAAUACAGGGAUCACUUGAACAGGAUAAAGCAAUCUAGAGACUAACCAGAAAACAAGGAGUGAAUGCCAGUUUUCUUAAUUGUGUCUUAUUUUACCAAGUAUUGGUAAUAAAAACUCCCAACAGACCAAACCUGAGGGAAGGAAGAGGGUCUAAUGCGAGCUAUGGUGGUAUGUAUCCCCUCUGAUUAGUUGAAAGCUUCCAUGAGGAGUUUUCUGAUGUUUACGAAAGAGACUCAAAUCCAUCUUUUAAUCAUCCUUUUAAUGAUACAACAAAUCAAACAAGGCCGUGAGUGACAAGAUUGGAGAUUUUUUAUCCUGAACUUAUCAUGUGAAAUUGGUGCAAGGGGAUAGGUCCGAGCCAAGCAGCUGAAGAAGGAGUUCUGAUUUGACAAUUUCUGCAUAAAAUAUUCCCAAUGAGUGACACAUUUGGUUGUCAAAAAUCAGCGGGAUGAGAUUUGUGGUCAUAAAUGACUACUCAAGCAUGCAGAGGACAAGAUAGGCAAAGACUGCUUUGUCCACAGGGGGCGCCAAAGUUGGCACAAAUCAAAAGACCCUCACAGGAACUUUAAAUCAAUCUUACUGUAUAUCCAGAAUCCAGAGUCCAGUUGAACCAGUUAGUGAUCCUGAUGAGAUUUCUCAGUGUUAGAUAAAAAUACAUGUAUAUCAUCAGCAUACAGUGUUAUUAUGUAUUAUACUUCAAAUAUGUUCACUUUGUUUAGAGGGAAUUGUUCUGGUAGCUCAAUGGCUGAUGCAAACAGGAGGCAUGAGAGUGGACAGCCCGUCUAUAAUCACUCUCCAUAUAAGAAAGUAUUCAGAUUUAAAUCCACUUUAAAAAACUGUAAUUUCAUAUUUUUUUGUAAAUCUAAAUUUGCAGUUGUUUCUCUUCCACUUAAACCAGCUGAUUGAAUGACUUGAAUAGCCUACAAUCUACCGGAAGUAGCUCUUCAAAAUAAAAGCAUAGUUUUAGAAUGUAGGAAAUAAAGCAAACUAAACGCAAGCAGAUCAAACAUCAAAAUAAAAGCAUGACAAACAUUUGUUUGAUGAGGCAAUAUCUCCUCUAACGAAGUUUCAGUUACCAGGCUGGUGACUUGUGUUGUUUUGAAUCUUAAGUUUUCUAUAAAUAUUACUACGAUGUUGCUAUUGUGAUAUUUCAUGGUCUUGAUAACUGUGAGGUGAAAAGUUGAUACCAUCACAGUCCUAGUUUAUAACAUAAUUAAAUUGCAGGUUGGCAUUUUUCUUUUUCCAUCUGUUUAAAGCUCCUGUUAGGAACCUUUAAUUUUUCCUCAAUUUUGGCGCCCCCUGUAGUCAAAGUAACCUUCACUUAUCUUGUCAUCUACAUAUCUUAGUAUUGUUUUCUGACAAUAAUCUCACACUGCUGACUUUUAAAAAGCUGUUGCUCCAACCCCAGCUGACACUUAGCCCCCUCGCACUAAUUUCAUGCAUAAAAAAUUAAGAUACAAAAAUCAUCAUUCUCGUCACUGAAGGUCUUGUUUGCAUUGAGACAUCAUAAAGAGGCUUCUAUAUGAGUUUCAGUCUAUUUCUUUAACCCCCUCAGAAAAACUCCUAUAGAUACAAAUACAAGCAUAUCAUCAGCAUACAGUGUUAUUUUGUAUUAUAUCUCAAAUCUGCUCACUUUGCGUAGAGAAAGAAAAUAAACUAUUGCUUGUAAUACAUUUAUUUCUUUAUAAAUUGGGAUGAUGAUGUGUCUUAUUGUAUUUCUUUGCCCUUACCUUAGUGUCAUAAAAACAUGACAACCAAAGCCCCUCCCCCUUUUAAUCCUGAUUUAAGUGAAUAUAUCAUCUUCAGCUGGCUGUAAUUGUCCUCUCUGCAUCGUUUCAUAAAUACAUAUUUAUAAAACUUAUUUAUUAGAAUAUUUUAACUGUAUUUAUUGUUUUACAGGGUUAUCUUGUGCGCUACGUUUGUUUGAUGUUACACUAAGUUUCAGAAACUGAUACAGUCCUUGCACCAUUACCCCAAAUUUCCCUCAGGAGCAGUAGUUCAUCUGUAUCUUAUCUGUAAAUAAAUGUCCUGUAUUGCAUUCAGAAAGCACAGCUUGAAUAUUUAUGAGACAGGAGUGGAUCAUUUUUGCCAUUUGAAGGUCUUCAAUAAAAGUACUUUUCAGGCUUUCAACCUUUAGCGUUUUGAUUGAUUUAUGGUUCUAAGUCAGACUCUGUAACAGUGAGCAUGAAAUUGGAAAGUUAAGUGAAAUCACCUAAAAUGAUCAAGAUUCAAAUGAAGCUGAUAAAUAUUAAUUUGUUUUCAAUUCUGUCUGCUGUGCUUCCUGCUUUUUUUGUGCUCGGUGCAACAGACUGAGUCUUGUAACGGUUGUGAUGAGAUUCUGAUUCCAACAUGAUUUAUACUCUUAGCAUGACACAGUGGAGGUUUGAGUGACAGGCUGAUGGAGGAUCGCUGAGGUGCAGACAGAAACCUAAAAACAGGCGGUAACGUUUGGAGGCGUCAGCUCUCAUCCUGUCUCUGUGGUUUGGUGCAGGUUUGGUUCCAGAACAGGAGAUCCAAAGAGCGGCGGAUGAAGCAGCUGAGUGCUCUAGGGGCUCGGAGACACGCUUUCUUCAGGGGCCCAAGGAGGAUGAGGCCCCUGGGAGGCAGGCUGGAGGAUCCAGACAUUUUAGGACCUGGAGCCUACGGUUACUACGGAGGUAGGAAAUAACAAACACAAGCUUAUUAUCAUGUUUUUCAGCUGCAUUAGAAGUUAAAGCAUGAGAGCAGUUUGUCCUCAUGAACCGUUUCUACUCCCACCUACAAAAAAGUGUUAAAUUGUAAUAGUUGAUUUAUUAAACCCACACUUGGAUAGUCUGACCUCCUAGCGAUGCACAGCAGGGCGCUCCGGGUAUUUUCAGGCAGAAUUCAUGAUGUACAGUACAAAAACCAUGAAACCAAAAGAGCCUUGAGCCAGACACUUCCAAAAAAACACUCAGAGAUUCAUUUAAAGCAAUUCCUUUAAACUGUUGCAUAAUAUCAGCCUGUAAAAUAUGCUCAACAAUAACUUUAAAAGAUACUCUUGGCUGGAUAGGUUUCGGCACUCAGUGGGUUUAAAAACAGACCCUUCAGGGUUCAUUGAUAAGUUAAAACAAACUCUAAAAGAUGCUUUACACAAUGUUUUUAAACUAAUGUGCAAGAAAAACCUGAAAUGGAUGCUAAAGGGAACCUAAAAACAGACAAUAAUGUAUUAUUAAUACACUUUUGAACCACUUAAAGACUUUCUAGGGUCUUUUAAAGGAAACUUGUUGGUUUGUCACAGGGUACUCUUUAAGUGUCGAAUCAGCUGUACCUCAAAACAGACAAGGGUACCUUAAAAUAACUGCGAAUAGGCACCCAAAAUAAAUGCUUAUUUGUGCUUUAAAUGGACACUUUAAAGUAGCUUGAAAUAGAAGGAAAAUGAUACCUGAAAAAGGACCUCCUACAGUACCUCAUCAGAUGCUCAGGUAUUCCUUGAAACAGCUUCUUAAGGGCAACCCCAAACCAAUUAAAGUAGAUUCAUCAAUUUUGACUCAGGCUUUUAAAAGAUAUCAAGUUAGGAAGAAAUCUAAUAAAUUUUACAUCCAAAAGAUGCUUUAAACACCUUUAGAGGAGCAAUAUGGCGCUAAAUAAACAGGCUCAAACACAGAUGCUAGAGGGUACCUCAAUACAGAGGCUUAAUUAUCUUUACAAAGAUACUGAUGCACCUUGGAGUAGAUGUCCCUUUAUUAUAAUGGUGAGGUGUAAUUAAAAUAGGAGAAGAUACAGGACUCUUGGACCAUCAUUAUUAUUACUUUGGGGUAUUUGAAUGAAAUGCUCGGGUAGCUUGAAACAGUUGGUCAAGUCAGGUUUAUUUUGUUACUUUAAAGCCAUAAAAAGUGGUUUGUGCAGGUACUUUGAAUACAAAUUAAUCUGAGUACGUUCACAUGAUAUUGUUAAAAUGUUGGACAGGGAUACUUUACAAAAUAAAAGGGAUCUUUUCUUCUUAUUGUGAAAUAACAGGCACUAUUUUUCCAACUAAAUUAUAAUGAAUAACCCGAUUUCUGACAAAGUGAAACUACCAGCAGCACCACUAGCCUUACAUACUAACAUCAUCCUCACUUUGUACCUGCGGUGCACCACAGAAAAACUCCGUUUCUGUUAACACGGAGGCUCUUGUGGUUUUCUUUCAUCUGCUCAGCUUUUGUACCAAAGUAUAUGAUCCAUUUAUUUUACUCCAGCCUUGAGCACUAUUCACUCAGUAAGCAGACGGUCUCACUUCUAUUUAAAAAAAAAAAAAAAUCCUUACAGCACUUUUGUUCACUAAUCAACACGCAGGAGUGAGUCUGGCUCAUGUUGGUUUUAUCAGAGGAAAGUGGCGUCAUUCUUCAGGUGUGUGCUGAAGCAUGAAAGACUAAAAUCACAACGACGUGUUUGCCGUUUCCAGAAUGGAGAAAUUAAACAAUAUGAAGAAUCAAUUCUGGAGAUGUUACACUUUUUAUUUCAUGUGAUAUUUUUUGUUUUUACUAGAUGAAGUUGUGCCCUUUAACCUUUCACAAGUUAUAGCGUUUGAGCUCUCGUCUUGAGCGACAUUCUCUCUGUUUUUCCACAUGCAAAUGAGUUUUUUUUUCUCAGACAACUUUUAAAAUUCAUGCUCUUAUUACUACUGCUCAAAAUUUCAGGGUUUUUCAGAGAGGUUAGCAACCAUCUGCUGCUGUAACAGCAGCGGUUUUUCCUUUUCAGAAAUGUUUGGGGUCCAGUAGCUCCUCAUAUUGCUCUCACCUGAACCAAACCUGAAAACUGAAAGCUUAUCAGGUCUCGUAAAGUAAUUUUGAUUAAACUAAUGUUGCAUGGACAUCAGUAGUCUGUCUUAUAAGGCUUAGACACAGAAGCUAACGUUUUGCCAGUGUCAACAGGCUGAUGUUAAAUCCGUCUUAAUGUGCAUUUAUUUGAUACGAGGUGUGUGAUCAGGUUUCGACCAAUCAUAGCCUGGUAAUAAGUAAGAACGUUUAGCAAUAAUACCUCCUAAAAUUUCAUGCUUAAUUUUGCUAAUAUGUCCAACUUUUGUACUGCAAUUUUUUUUUCCUUGAGAUGCUGAAGAACAAUGAAAAAAGUGGUGAUCAAAUAAUAAACUAUUUUCAGAACACUGUAGUUUUCUCCUCAUGCUGGACAAUGCAGUUUGAUCUCUAGUUGGUGUAAAAUCUCAGAAAUCAAUACUCCUCAGAAGAAAACGCCAUUCAAGACUACUUGAAAAAACAAAGGUUAUAGAGUAUUUUAGCCUCUAGUGGUCAAGAUGAAUCCAGAAAGAAUCUUUGGGAAGACAAAAGUAGGUGGGCGGCAGAUAAUAACACCAUGCUAACGCAACAACAAGUCUGUGUUGAAGUGGAGGAAUAAACCAGAUACACCUGUCGUGUUGUUCAGAAGUCUGAUUUCACAGAAAGUCUGAGAGUCGUGUUUUUAUACAUCUGCCGCACGUCAACCUGAAGGACCCAGUCUUUGAGGAUACAAUAGACUGUAGUCGUCAAGGCCGCAACACAGAGAGUGGGAGGGGAUGGGACAAAACCAUCAUCCCUCGCUCUCAUCUCUCUGUGUGCACGCUGCUUUCACACCCUUUGUACUGCAGUAGCAGCGGCAGCAGCAGCAGCACAAGCCGGCCUGCUCGCCUUUAUCUGAGCUGGCUGCUUCCUUCUGCUCCUCUGCUUGCCGCACACAGAGUGGAAUGCCUGUGUGUGGUAUGGUGCGAGCGUAAUUAUAGUUUGCACAGCCAACCCCCCACCACCACCACCCCACUCCCACCCUCACCACACACACAGGCCACAACACAAGCUUGUUGCUUAAUCUCAAGGUCGGCCAAACUGACAAGGGCUUGUUUGUGAUCAAACAAUUAGCUUGUUUGUGGAAGUCAUGUCAGGUCUUAUUGUCUCUAUUAAUAAUUUCCCAGCAGCCAUGUGCAAAAGCAAAGAAACUGUUAUAAUCGGGCACUGCGAUUCUUAAAAUCUCGUUAGAUUUGGAUUUAGCUUGAAACAGGAGUAAAAUGUGUUGAGGGUGACGAAGUGUUGGUGCAACACCCAGGGCAAUAAAGAAGUCUGUCACUGAUCUCACGUCAAGGCGGUGAUAAAACAGAGAACAUCUGAUGUGACUGAGGUUAUUUGGAGCAAAGGAGAUGCAGAUUGUGAGAGUUAAAUAUGGUAGAAGUGAGGCAGGUGGAAAUUUGUGAUUAUUAAUGGCUGCAUGUGGAGUGGAUGGAUUCAAACAUGUUUUCAAAUCUCUUGUUUUUAUCUAAGAUCCUUAAAGAAGUAAUUUUCCAUUAAAAUGAAUCAUAUGGUGUUUCUCAGGGUUCUGUUUUGGGUUCACUUCACUUUUCCAUUUACUUGCUUCCUCUUGGUAAGAUGAUUCCUUUUUUAUUUUUUGGUAAAUAUAAGUUCGCCGCUAUGCUGAUGACGCACAAAUUUACAUCUUCUGGCUGGUUCAGUACCAUCAACAGCAGUCUUAUCAAUUGGAGUCCCACAGGGUUCUGUUUUGGAUCCUAGAUUCCUUUCCAAAUACUUGCUUCCUUUCUCACCAACAAAAUUAAGUUUGGCGAAUUUCACCGUUAUGCAGAUGAUACACAAUUUUACAUCCUAAUCUAUAGUAUUUUAUACACCAGGUUAUAAAAUACUCACUGACAGACUGCACAAGUGGUCAGAAAUAGAUUAUGUGGCCUUACAGUGUUUCAGGUCACACCUAGACAACAGAUCUUUUAAAUCGAAAAGUUAAAAAAUUUGCAUCCUGACUUUUAACUUCAACCAAAAGAUGUGCUUAUAUCACUUCAAAUUUAGCAGCAGUAGUUUUUAAAAUUGAUUUUAAGAUUUUUUUGAUCACAUUUAAGUCCUGCUAUGAACUCACCCCUUCCUAUGUUUCUUUUGUCCUGCUAUUCAAAAAGAAGUGAGUAGAUGUGUACCAUAACAUAGCUUGGCUCAGGUGUCCAGAUUCUCUUUAAGUGGUUUUAUGUCUGUACUAUGCGGGUUCAACAACAACAAAGAGUCUGUCCAACCAUAUUUGGAUCUGCAUGUUUUUUUGCCUCUUGUUAACCAAGCUGGAAAAAAAAUUAGCCUCAGAAGACUCUCAUCAAUUUCAUUAUUAUUUUGGGGUGAAACAAACUUUUUGGGGGUAAAGUCUGGGUCUCUAAAUACAAAACUACUUGCUUAAUCAAUAAGUAUUUUCUUCUCCAUUUGUUCAUGAAUGCAGGCUGUAAUGCAGAGAAAAAGGAGACUCAAAAUUUUAUAAAUAAUGUAUGAAAAUGUUGGGCAUAUCAGCGUGAGUACACCUGCAAACAUCAAACCUUAGUUGCGACCCCAAAUCUUGCUGAAACCUCUCAGAGGCACAAACAUGUCAGUCAGCGUUAGAGGUUAUUUGUAAAACCGAGCGUGUGCAGGAGAUUUCCUGUGAAAGCAAGGACUUUGAGCUGUAUUCUGUCAUUAAUGUGUCAGUUUUUGCCUCCGCACCUUGAAGUGAAUUCAUCAAGCUUUGCUCGAACGCUUCACAGAAAAUUUCUCCACACUUGGCGUUAAAGUUUGAAAGAAUAAAUGUUCCUGCUAGAUAGAAAGUAGAUUUUUCUUUCAGAGCACAGAUAGUACCUUUCCUUAACACGGUCUAUUGUUGAUGUACAAAACAUGGACGUACUGGUGACUGCCCACUCACUGGUUUCUGAGGAUGUGUUUUGAGGCCAAACAAUAGCAUUGGAAAUGCUGAUUCAACCUGACUCCUGGUUCACCUGCUAACAAAUAAAAGAGGGUGAACAUCAACAUCCCUGCCUGGAGUUAAACCCUUAAAACUGUGAUAGUCAUUAUGCAAAUGUAUGCAUAGUUUCAGUCCCUUCAAAACAGGUUUGCUAUAUGAAAACUCACUAGUGUGUACAUGAUAAAAUCUAUCACGAUAUCACAUUUUAGCCUCUUGAUUAUCAAGGCCAAAAUACUUCCUAAUGUUGAUGUUAUCACCUGUCUGGUAACAGCAACUUCUUAAAGGGAUAUUCCAGCAUAAAAUUGAUUUGGGGUCAAACACAACGCAACACCGAGUUAGACACCCCCUUGAGAGAUGAAUGUUGCAGACGGCUUGCUUUUCUAGUUAUACCAACUUUAGUAACGACCGCACGAUAGCAAUACACAGUGGUCUGAGGAGCCAUAAACAAACCUCAACCAAAACGCCACUCUAUAGCCACAAAUAAUGCUCAGAACAGCACCUAACUUCAUCAACAGUACAUAUAGGGUCCCAGCCAUAGUAAUAGCCAUCAAACAUCUUUUUAGCUUUGCCUAAUUUCUUUAGCAAAGAGACUAAACACAACUCACCUACUCUCUUCCAACAGCCGCUUGUUUGUAGUGAGAUCUCAGGCCAGUCCAUUAUGGACUACAGUGGGGUGACCAGCUCAAGGAAGAACAUUUAUGAUCAUUUCUUCAUGGAAAUGCAAUCAGACCGAGACACUAAGGAUGAAGAACUACCGUGUCUGCAGUCCAAAAUGAUUAAUAUGAUGAUUAUUACUUCAAGGAAAUAAUAAAGAAAUGAUCAUAAAUGUUCUUCCUUGAGCUGUGUCACCCCGCUGUAGUCCAUAAUGGACUGGCCUGAGGUCUCACUACAAACAAGCGGCUGUUGGAAGAGAGUAGGUGAGUUGUGUUUAGUCUCUUUGCUAAAGAAAUUAGGCAAAGCUAAAAAGAUGUUUGGUGGCUUGUGCUGUGGCUGGGAGCCUAUAUAUACUGUUGAUGAAGUUAGGUGCUGUUCUGAGCAUUAUUUGUGGCUAUAGAGUGGUGUUUUGGUUGAGCGCGUGGCUCUCUGUAUUGCUAUCCUGCGGUCGUUACUAAAGUUGGUAUAACUAGAGAAGCAAGCGGUUGGCAACAUUCAUCUCUCGAGGGGGUGUCUAACUCGGUGUUGUGGUGUGUUUGACCCCGAAUCAAUUUUACACCGGAAAAUCCCUUUAAGAGAGGAGACUGCAGCAUAAAACUAAUGUUUGUAAUAGUUGUAUUUUGAUACUUUCACAGUCUGGGUUGCUUUAUCUCUACAUUUAAAAACAUGCUUUUAUAUGACACAAUGCAAAUUUUCCUUUUGACUUAGUGCUGAAGCAAGGUCAUGUUGGGCUCUAGGAAGCCUCCUCCACUGUUUACUGAGAUUUUAUUGACAUGGCAAUUAAUCAGGAGAUUAAUUUGGUAUUGUAAGUAACAGUUGCAGCUUCGGCUGGACUGCAUGCUGGGAAUAACAGAGCACGAGCUGUCGGGCUCAGGAAAUAGCCACAGCCCAGUGAGAUGAACCGUGGGGUUGUUGCUGGAAGCAACAGCGGGCAUGAUGGAGCGAGGGAGAGAGGGGAGUAGCCCACAGGACCUGGCAAGACUGCAGGGAGGCUAGGAUCUCAUUUUAGAGUUCGUCAUCCAGAUCGAGAAGUUUGAGCGGGGGAAUCCAUCGGGCUGAUCGCAUGGCUGCGAGCUGAAUGAGUGAGGGAGAUGGAUGGAGUGUGUAAAAGGCGAGAGAAGUGAGGUGGAGAGGUGUGGAGUUGUUUAUACACUCAAAUGAGGCUGUUGGAGAGCGGUUGGUUGGAAAUUGGACAUGAUCAAUUUACCCACUUAGGUGGAGGUGGAGGUGGGUGUGAAAUCAUAUGCUGAUGUAGAAGACAGGGAUUUUUAUGCAAAUGAUCUAAAAGGAAAUCUAACCCCGUGUUCUCCUGCCUCUCCACAGAAUACCAAGGCGACUAUUACGGACCAGGAAGUAACUACGACUUUUUCCCCCAUGGCCCCCCAUCCUCACAGGCCCAGUCUCCAGCUGAGUCCCCCUACAUUCUGGGCUCUGGACCAGGAGCAAUGGAAGGCUCGGGCCACCAUCCUUCAGACGACCAAAGGUUCACAGACAUGAUCUCUCAUGCAGAGACCCCCAGUCCAGAGCCGGGCUUACCAAGCUCCUUGCAGCCUGUCCCUGGUGAGGCGUAUGGGGGCGGACCCAGUCCUCCAUUCUCUUUGGCGAGUAACUCCAGCUACAGCGCCCCCAUGUCCCACCAAGGUCCCGAGAUGGGAGAAACCACGGCCUGGUAAAAGACAGACCCAGAACAUGGACCAUUCCUGGGCUGACAGUCAGCUCAGUUAAUUCAGGAGAAAACAGAAACAUUGUGAAGCGAAAAGUUCAGCUGGAGUUUCUACAGAUGACUUUUUAAAAUCACAGACUGAUUUUCACGACUGACGGACAGAAGUGGAAUAAAGAAUGGGACGGCUCGCUGGAGAAACCCAACAUCUGCUGCCCUGUAGACACUCCAAAGCAUAUCCUUUCCUGGAUCACCGGACUUGAAUUAUUUUAAAAUAAAUGUUGUGAUUCCACCCAGCAAAAACGCUUCAUGCCUCACCUUCCCCUUUAUGAGUUUUCACAUCAACAAAUGCUAAAAGGGACCUUUUCUCUCUUCAGUUCAUUUAAUUUGUCAACAGUGUUGUAGCCCAGUCACAAAACCUUGAGCCCUUGAUGCGCCUUGAGUUCUCGGUAUUAAACAGAUCGCGAUAAAGUGUCUAUCUGAUUCUGAGCCUGUUUUAACACCUAUGGCUUGUUUACCUUGUCCCAAUUCAGAUAAAAAAAGGGAAUCAAUCGUAAUUUUCUCAUGCAUACUGUUCGCACUUUGCAGAAGGGGAAACCUAGUUAGUAUACAAACAUGUUUGAAAACGGAUUUAUUUAGUUAGGAGAAUGACACUGGACUUUUAAAAUGCAUGUAAACGUCAGUUCGACUAAAAUUGUAUGCUUCUCAUAGUCAGACCAACAUACCAAGUUAAUGUAGUCAGGGAUUCAUUCUAGAUUGCAUAUAAGCACCUCAAACUGGCACAAAUGUUCUGGGUGCAAUCCACAGUUAAUCUGUAGAGUGAACUGACAAUUAGCAGCAUAAAUUUGUUGCUAGGCACCUUCUGUGGCGGAUGUGGAAAUUUUUUUGGUCAGUAAAUCAAUUCUUGCAAAGACAGUAGUCAAGUUAAAUCACCUAAUCGACUUAACUUUACACGUUAACAUCCUGAGUGUUUCAGAGUAAAGAGUUACCCUGUAAUCUGGCAACUUCAGUUAGACACAUUUGGCAACUUUGCAGCGCUGCACCUUAACUAUUGGCGCAAGAGGAGCUAUCCCCUUUGCUAAUUCAUAUUUUUGUCGGUUUCAUGUAUUACCUUGCUUUCUUCUGCACAACUACUUUUCCACUGGUUACUGCCAGUUCAUACACAGAACACUUUGGCCAAUUUGAGUCUGAUUACCGCAUCUACAUGCAAGAAAAACCAAACCCUGACCGCGCUAUUUAGAGGUGAUAGUCUGACUUCAAGGAAUUUCUAUUUUGGUAGGACUAACGUGUUUAAUUGUACUGCAAAUCUCAAAUUCUGUUGGGUCUAAUGAAAUUAAUUCAUUUUUUUUAACAUCAGGUAACUGUACCAGCUGAGGUCAACAGUGCAUAAAUGCACACCAUGGAUCUCUUAAUUGAGAAAUGCAUGGUGGGGUUAAUGCAACUGCCUAAUAAACCAACACCUGCAACCCACCUACAAUUAAUCAGAACUUUUUAAACAAUCUGAUAGUUUGGACUCAGUCGUUUAGUUACUGAACAUUUCUGUUCGCUUUCUGACGUAGUCGGCAGUCAAAUUUAGCUAAUGUUAGCAUCUUUCCUGCUUCUCCUGGACACGAUAUUUUUUUUUGUAGGACGGUAGGGGAAAGUCCCGCCUCCUUAGCCUCUGAUUGGCUAGAAAAGCUGGAAAUGUCAUCACAUGCUCAAGCCAAACGCGGGCUGUCGGCUCUGUACAUCAACCAGAACAUUACAGAACAUUAUCACACUUCUGAAUCUCCUAACCCUAACCCGUAACCCUCAUCCUAAUCCUAAUCCUAACCCUAACCUGACAGACGAUGACAUGUCACAGCCAUUAGGAAUAACCAAUUGGAGCCCAGCACUUCUAGCCAAUCAGAGGCAAAGGAGGGCGGGACCUUCCCCUACCAUCCUACAAAAAUAACAUUUCAUCUCCUGAACAGAUGCUUUUUGUCAUCUUCUCUUCAAUAGUUCCCGUACAUCAGUGCUAAUUUCAUAAACAGACAGAUGACAACAAACGUUCAUCAAUGACCCUUGUCUUGUAACAAAGACGAAACACACAAUUCAAGGUAUUAUUUGUUGCAGGGUUUGUAACACAAUUUAAGACAUGGGUCGAGGCGUGAACAAGACAACAUGUGAACUUGUGCAAGCCCUCUCUCUAAAAUGACAAAGGUCGUAAAUAAAAAUUAAGAAUGACAGAAAGUCCUUUCCAAUGAAUCAAGGUCCUUCAUUCAGAUUUCAAGUCUGAGAACAAGUCCAAAAUUUGUGUUGAGCGUCUAAAUUGAGUCACAAGUAUUGAAGGCGGUUACUCGAGGCAGAUUUGAGUCCAAGUCCUGGAUCCAAGUCCUACAACACUGUUUCUCACCAUGUUUUUUAAGGGCCAUUUUUUUCAAAGCAAUAUUAUUUCCUUCCCCAUUCUGUUUCAUUGCUCAGUUUCCAUUAUCAACUUCAUAUUACAAGACAAAGAAACCAGGUUUCUCACAGAGAAGUCAAAAGUCAUAUUCAAAUAUUCUUUACAUUCGUGUGUCAAAUCAAAGGCUGCUUUUUCACAGACACUGAAAACACACACACACACACACACACACACACACACACACACACACACACACACACACACACACACACACACACACCUCUGGCAUUGACUUUCUCAAGCGUACGUCUUUGCUAUAAAUCCCUUAAUGCACAAAAAGUGUUCUUGAUCAUAGCUCAAAAGAAAGAUGUCUAUACCAUUAUUCAAAACACGUACACAAUUAUACAGACACUUGUACUCGCUGAAGCAUGCACACACACACACACGCACACACACACACAAAAUCUCACACCCAUCCAGCCCGGCCCUGAUAGUUCUGCCUCACAGACUGCUUCACCUGACCUUCCUUUUGUUACUGUCCCUUUUAAAAAACAUGUUUUAAUGGAAAUGAUUUUCAAAAGAACAUUGAACCCAUAAUGGAGAAUCUCCUUCAACAGCUGAGGUCUCCUUCCUCUAAAGAGAGAAAACAAAAGAGGGGGCAGACAACAUCUGUGACAUUACUGCUGCACGUCUGCUCUGUAGCUCUCAUUGCCAUCUAGUGGCCUUAAAACACACAGAAUUAAAAAUAUCAGCUCGGUCCGGCUGUGUUUACAUGAACACCUUUGUGCUGCAAAGUACAAAUUAUGAUUAAUUUUCUUCCCUCUAAAUAAUGCCCAUUCAUAAUUCUGCAGUUUCAGGGCCAAGUGUCUUCAUAUUCUGGAUUUGAAAAGUCAGCCUUUGUUAAGCUUUAUUAUAUCAAACAAUAGGGUUGUCUCUCCUCACAAUGCUAACGCUGAAAGGAGAACACAACUGAAAUUACAUUUGAUCAUCAUCAAAAAAAAACAUCACUAUUUCAAAUCUCCAUACUUUUCAGUCUUCUGCAUCAGACGCAACAAAUGUCUUAAAUCGAACACACUCGUAUCUCUGUUUGUCCACAAUGAGUUCACUUAAAAUAUUGUUUUGGAGUUUCCUUCAAACGUUGUAUAAGAUUUAGAGAGAAUGUGUCUUAUUUCUGAUGUACUGAGAUAUUAUGAAAGUGUGUGUGUGUGUGUGUGUGUGUGUGUGUGUGUGUGUGUGUGUGUGUGUGUGUGUGUGUGUGUGUGUGUGUGUGUGUGUGUGUGUGUGUGUGUGUGUGUGUGGAAAAAGGGAACAAGGCUGUAUUAUUUCUAUGUAAAUAGCACUGGU